UUGAAGCCAUUUCCCACAUAUUAUUAAUAUUGCAAUUCUGAGAAAAAACUGUUACCUUAAGAUAUGUAGGAAAAAAGAAAUUACCUACCAUCUAAUUGUCCUAAAUUAUUUUUUUCCUUCAUCCUAAAUUGUACUAUCAAUCUCUAUUAUACCACCCUAACAUUCCAUUAUAUUGUACUAGCACUGCACUACAUUGGACAGACAAACAAAUACAAACCAGAAACUGCCUAUUCUCUCACUCUUUUCUCGCACGCUCUCUUCACACAUCCCUUCUCCCAAUUCAACCGCACCCCAUACUCCACGCACUCACGCACUCACGCUCUCACCAUCGUCAGUUCGCAUCCUCGCAUUCCACCACACGCAUGCCUCGGCUGGACCCAUGGCCGCAGCCCCAUCACUCUCCAUCGUCCCUCAAUAACCCACCUUCUUCUUCUCCUUCCUCUCCUUCUUCCGCAACUCCCUGCCCCUUUGCCUCGCCUCGCAUUCGCUCCACCAAGUACACCACAAUGUUAAACACCCUCUCCUCGCUCAUGGAACGUUCUCGUACCGUGUCCUCUUCCUCGCCAUGCUCCUCGUUCCAAGGAUCCCAAAGACAUCACCAAGCACCUAAUUCCACGAGCCUCGGGCGCGCGCUCUAACUCGCAUCGAUACCGCUCACGAUGACCUAACAUGAAAUCAGUGCGACUCCUCCACAUAUCUGCCCAAACAGAACUCACGUCGCCGACAUCGCGGCGCAGGCUCAUCGUGCCUGCGCGCAUCGAUUGCAGAUGGUGCCCAGCUUGGAGUGCAAGCUUAGGAGCAACGGCCCAGAGGUUUUAGGUUUUCUAUGACUGCGGAACAACACCCGGAUGUGUUUUCAUAUCAAUAUUAACACUACCCAUCUGCGUGCACAUUGCAACCAUGGCCGAAGUAUUCAAGAAAUGUAUUAGUAGGCACUAGUCAAGGGGGCACUUGGUCAAGGAAUGCACAAUGAAUGUGUUUCCGAUUUCGUCGGAUGAAAUUGUCGGUUUCAUCUACGACAUGCUUCGGCAGCACGUCAGACCACAAACACGAGUGUUCGGCUCGUUCAUUUGCUUCGCGAAAAUCUAUCCCCCAACUUAUUUGCAAUCUUGCAUGUGCUGUUGCCGCUCAGGCCCAUGGCAACAGUUGACUGCCGCACUUUGUUUUUGAUUGAUACUUUUUUUAACGGAGUAUUGUAUUAAUUUUUUUGAAGUUGCGGAUCGUCUUCCUUUCAGCCACCGCCGCUGAAUUCCGACGCAAUGGGAGUGGCGACAAAAUUGUGACGGCGAGUUGUUGCUUGCUCUUGUGGAAAUCUAUACUCGAGGGCGACUGGUGGGAGGAAAUGCGUUUUUGCAAGGGUUUGUAGCCUUCCGUAGAAGUGAACGUGCGUUACAUCUUGAUGCCUCAUUCUUUAAUGCUGUCUUUCAGAUUGCUGUGGACAAUUUAUCGUCCAUCAUACAUUUCGUUGUCAUUUUUUCCAGUGAGGUUUUUGGUUGCAUUUAACAACGUCCAUUAGAGGAUGGAUUUCGACAUAAUAGAUGACGUGAAGCCGAGGUUCCAACUUCAAUCCGGGCCUCUGGAUUCUACCGUCGAAGAGAAAGAACUGAACAUCGUUCAUAUUGGAGUUUGUUCAAGCGCUGGAGUUUUAUUUCUAGCUCUCUCGUGGUUUCAGACUGGGGUACUUCAAUUUUUAAGCCUCUGGCUGGCUCUUUCUUUAGUCAUAGGUCCCUUUGCACCGGUGUCAUUGACUGGUGGAAACUGCAGAGUAGGUGUUGGAGAAUUGCUUCCAGAACCAGAACCAUUAGAAGAAUCACCGAGAGAACCGGAGAAACGACCAAAAGGUUUCAAUAAAAAGUCUGAUGCACUUGUUGGAAGAAUCUCUUCUAGAGAGAAUUUGAUGUCAUCGCCCUCUCUUGUUUCGACUAGUUAUGCGAAUGGAACAGCUGUCAAUGUCGUGCCUCAACAACUGAAGAGUGGAAAAGACAAAGAGUGGACCGGAGAGGACAUUGAGCUGCUGCGCAAGCAGUUGUUGAAAUUCCCUCGGGGAACCUUGCAGCGUUGGGAUGUUAUUUCAGAGGUUUUUGCAGGCUCUCACUCGACAGAGGAUGUGAUUAAGACGGCUAAACUUUUGGGAGAGAAGAAGUUUACAGAUGGGGACUCAUACGCAAAAUUUCUUGCUCAGAGGAAAGGUGGUGAAAAAGUUAUUGACUCGCCAUUGUCUCAGAGAUGGGAGGGUGGUCAGGCCGAUGUUACCAAUGGAACGACUUCUGUUUGGACCGAGACUGAAGACAGGGUGCUUGUGUCAGCGUUGAAAACAUUCCCCAAAGACACUCUAAAGAGGUGGGAUAAGAUUGCUGACGCUGUUCCAGGCCGAUCAAAAGCUCAAUGUUUCAAGCGUUUUUCUGAGUUACGAGACAGUUUUCGAAGUUCUAGGGUAGAUCAAGCGUUAGAAUAAUGUGUUGAUGAGUACGUUUUCCUCCAUCGGGUAUUUCGUGCUUUUUUAGAAUUCCGGUGUCGGUUUUUUUUCUCUUGAUGAGCUGCAUUUGCAGUCAAUGAGCAGAAUACUUGAAUUCUUGAACAUUUAUGAAACAAGCUAGUGAGGGGACCCGGAACUCCAACCAACAGGUCAGAGAGUUCUCUUUCUCCGUGUUGAGAAAUAAGCAAUUACGAUUGCCUGUACAUCACACUUGCGGAACAGGAUUAUUUUAGUGCAUUGUCCAAACAGUAAAAAGUGCAGAUCAAUGUUGCAACUGAACCUUUUUCAGUGGACAAAAUGGAGCUCUAUAGAGUCCUUCUAGAUGAGAGAUGAAUUAUAGAGCAUACAGUGAAGCACUCAGCGUAGAAGAGAGAAUUAGCACUGUUUCUAGUUUCCAGGUAUACAAUUCUGACCUUUUGCUGUUGCGUCAGCAAUGAGGGUUUAUCUACAUCAAUAAGUGAUCCUUACCUUUGUUUUAAGAAUCAUUUAACUUACGGAAGAUCUCAAGUUCACAAUA